GUCCAUUUGAUCUGAUGGAAUUAAUACGAUCUGGAUACCUCCGGAGUGAGAGCGGACUCCUUCCCGUUGUAUCUUCACUGUGUCACGUGCCAGUGGAAACGAGGAAAAUUCUUGGCACAUAUACUAACCUAUUUAGGUUUAGCAUUGCUGAUGACAUAAUGCUCAGCAUGUGUGGUGCCUGAUUUGUUAGUGCCUGUCUGCCUGACAGCCUGAAGACGCACGUUGACGCGACACCAAGUCGUGCUGCCUACAGCAAGGAGCUUUGUUGGAGCUCUACCAUACCAACACUCACAUCAAACUCUCAUCCACCAUCUACCUUUCCUUCUGCUUCUUCAUUCCUCGUUUAAUCCAUCUCUUCUUUCCCUUACUUAACCUUUCACUGUCGGAAGUAAACCCAGAAGGAUGGAUACCCUCGUCUCCCGAUACAGCCGCCCGGCUUUCGUCGACCGCGAGUACACAGCAGAGGAUCAAGAAGACGCCUAUCAAGCCACUCCUUCCCUUUCACUACAAUUCGCAUUACCUCCGGUUUCACAGGCAUCAUCAUGGCUUCGAGCCAUGACCGAUGACCACUCCAACCCUAGUUGUCCCAUCAAGAUCGCUCACGGUACUACCACGCUUGCGUUUCGAUUUCAAGGAGGCAUAAUAGUUGCGACCGACUCUCGAGCAACGGCCGGGAACUGGAUCGCAAGCCAGACGGUCAAGAAAGUCAUCGAGAUCAACAGCUGCUUGCUCGGAACCAUGGCCGGCGGUGCCGCUGAUUGUCAAUACUGGCUAGCAUAUCUCGGCAUGCAAUGUCGGCUCCAUGAACUCCGACAUAAGCGCCGAAUUACCGUGGCGGCAGCAUCCAAAAUCCUGGCAAACUUGGUAUAUGCCUACAAAGGCAUGGGACUCAGCAUGGGUACGAUGUGCGCUGGGGUCACCCCGCAAGAAGGCCCAGCCCUUUACUACAUCGAUAGCGACGGAACCCGACUCUCUGGCAACCUCUUCUGUGUUGGCUCCGGUCAAACCUUUGCUUACGGUGUCCUCGACGCCGAAUACCGAUACGAUCUGACGGAGCAAGAAGCACUUGAACUUGGAAGCCGAAGCAUUCUCGCCGCCACCCAUCGAGAUGCGUUCUCGGGAGGAUUCAUCAACCUUUAUCAUGUGAAGGAGGAUGGCUGGGUGAAGCAUGGAUUCAACGACACGAAUCCCAUCUUCUGGAAGACGAAAUUGGAGAAGGGCGAGUUCUCGAACGUUACUGCGGAGCUGGAUUAGGAUAGUCAUUCGGAGGUCAUGCAGCACUUUGGGCGUUUCCAUCAGGGUCAGAUCGGGUCAUGGAUAUAUCUUCGCGACGACGACUCUUUUCUCGUCGACUGUAAUUUCUACAUCAAUGUGAUACCAGAUCCUGCGGAGAGCCCUUAGGUAUUACUUGUGAAUGCGUUUAGUGGGCGUCUAGCCUCGUCAUCCACGCAGUGAAGAUCAUGGUUGGGAGUUCACGUCGCCCUCCAGUUCAUCAUAUUCUUCCCUGCGACUUAUAAUGAAGCUCUCUGAGAUAUAUCACCCCAUUGUGUGG